AUGACAUUAAUAAAAAAGAAGGAAAUUUUAAUAAUUAUAAAGGAAAAUUUUCUACAUUACAAACCUCAAAUCGCCAAUUUAGGCAACCUGGAUUUCAAGAAAAAUUUUAACAACGAUGAAUUGCCUCGACUGAUUGAACAAAACCAAUAUGAGGAAUUAAGAAGAGCUUUAUUGGAAGUACAGAGAGACUUGGAUAGUGCUCAAGAAUAUAAGAGAAAUAGUCCAGAAGUAGAACGAAUUGAGAAUGUUAUUCUUUCAAUUUCUGAACGAAUUAAACUUCCAAAUGAACCUGUUACUAAAGCUCAAGCUGAGGCAAAAGAAGAGCUUUUGAGAGUUAGACUUGCUCGAAUGAUUUUAAAUUUGGAUCCAGAUUUUGAGCCGAAGCAAAACUUUAAAGAAAAUAUGAAAAGAGAUAAUGCUGGUUUGUCUAAUGAAAAUGUUUUUGCUGAUAUUGCAUUGGAAGGUUAUUAUGUUCGAGCACUUAGAGAGCCUAUAGGUUUGUUACGAGAAAAAUUAGCUUUAUUAGAGCAUCGUCUUCUAUCCGAGCAACAAUUGGAGAUUAAUGAUCAAUUACUUCGAAUUGAUCUAACUCCGCCACCCCUCCAAAAUUUGGAACAAAAACGGAGAAAAGAAUCGCUUAGUCAAAGGAGUGAUGAAAUAUCUAGAAUGACUCCAUUAAUUGUAAUGUUAAGACAUAAAUUAAAUGCUUUGGACGAUCUUUGUCACAAAGAACAACUUAAAGCAAAUACAACAAAUAUGAGUGGCCGUUUAACCCCUUACGAAGAGAGGAAAACAGUCUUUGAUUUAUUGGUGAGAAUUAACGAAGAGAUAGAUACUAUCCAUAAAUUAUGUCGAGAAGAGAAUGUUAAGGAGAGAAUUGAAAUUGUUCUUAAAGUUUUAAAGAAAGUUUCUAGUUCAAUUGAUAAAAUAAUGGAAACAUUGAAAAAUAUGAGUACAGCGACUACUGUUGCUACUUCAAGACAACCAUCAAUUUCAUCUUUGUCUGAGACUAAACAAAAUAUUUUUAACGUUGAUAGACCAAUUAUUUACCAACAACAAAUUGACCAUCCAUCAUCAUCUAAAUUAGAACAAGCAAUCUUAAAUAAACAACAACAAAAAGAAAAAAAUAUAAAUAUUCUCAAACAAACAAAGCAAACAUUUCUUCAGAGAAUGAAAGCUAAACAAAAUGAGAAGAAAACUGAACAAUUUUUUGAUUUUCCAUUAAAUGGAAGUAAUAAACAACAAAAUGUUGAAUCUAAACAUUCCAAAAUUUAUAAGCAAGAAAAUAUUGUACCUCCAAAACCUAAAUCUCUCACUUCUUCAAUUGAGGAGAGAAUAGGUCCAUUAUACAGCAUUAUUGAAGAAGAUCCUUCAUUUUCUAAACAAACAAAUAUUUCAAAACAAAGAGUAAAUGCUGUUGAAUUAAGUGCACAUUUGGACAGGCCAUACGAAAGCACCUCUAGAGUUAAUGCUUUUAUCCCAUUAUUAACUACAAGAACUGCUACGAGAAUAGAAAGCCCUCCUUUGAGCCCAGCAUCUACUUCGAAUCAACACUUGUUAGAGAUAUCGAAAAAUUAUUCCUCAGACUUACCUUAUUCAUCCAAAAAGUUUAAUGAUCAGUCUCCAUUCCGCCUUGGUCCAUGCCCAACUUCAUAUUUAGCUCGAGAACAACAAAAAAUUACAAAUGGUCAAAAGCCUUCGCUACUAAAGUAA